AGAAAUAAAGAAACAAUGAAUGAGAAGAGGGUCUCUGGCUCGUGGGGCCCCGGAUGGUUGUUUAUUUUUGCAUACUGGACAAAAACUCAAAAAACAGAGAUCCGGAACCUUCUGUCAGCAGCUCGGUUUCUCCGCCGGUGUAAUAAUAGCAGCACCACCGACAUGGCGACCUCCCUGCUCAGGCUCGGACGACUCGGGUCUCUCAAGUGUCUCCAGCAGGGCAGCUGGGGCGCUCUCAGGACCCCACUCACUGCAGCACUCUGCACUAAAACUGAGGAGCCGAAGAAACCAGCAAAGAAAGCAAAAGCUGCAAGUAAGACCUUAGAUGCCUCUGAUGAAAGGGCUGCUCUACUAGCCUACAAGACCGCUGUUGCCUUCCCUACUAGACUUUCUACUCCAGGAAUUGUCAGUGCCUUAGGUGAAUCUGUUCCAAGUUCAGAUCCUGUGGCAGCUGGGACUGUAGUUGCUGCAGGUGCCACAAUCGCAGAAGCUGCUGCUUCCACCACUGAAGUUUCAGCAGAAGCUUCCACCACAGGUGAAGCGACCACCAAACAGCCUGAAGCUACACCUGUAGAAGAAUCAGUGGCUGAAAGUGAAGCCUCAAGCAAAACCAUUGAAGGUGGAGAGGCCACUGGAUCUGGUGCCAAAAAGGAUCAAGAAUCUUCCUCCUCUUCUUCCUCCUCCAGUGAUUCUGAUUCCGAUUCUGAUUCUGAUUCUGAUGAUGAAGGACCAGACAAGACUAAGAAGACUGAAACUGUGGUCCAGCCUGAAGAAAAAUCAACCCAGGAGAAGGUGCCAACAGACUCCUCUUCAGAGGUGAAAGAUACUGAAGCUGUUCCUGAAAGUGUGGCGACAGAAUCCACCAGCGUGCCUGAGCCCUCUGACAAGGGACCUCCAGAAGCUGCGACUGAAGCUACUGCCCCAAGUACUGCAGUAGAAGGGCCCAAGCAAGCUGCAAGCACUGAGGAGAUUAUUGACCCUGCCCCAGUCUUAACUACAGAUGUUUCUGAAACAACAGUUCCUGAAACACCUCCAGAACCCCCAAAAGCUUCACCCCCUGAGGAGGUGACUGAUGUUGCACCAGAAGUUAAAACAGAAGCUGCAGAAGAGGUUGUCACUGAAAAAGAACCAGUUAUGGAGGUGAAGACCUCAGAAGCCAAAAUAGAAAUUGUGCCUGAAGCUGUGUCUGAAUCUGAAGUGAUUUCAGAAGCCAAAGCUGUGCCAGAUGUUGAAGUGAUUCCAGAAGCUAGUACCAAAUCAGCUGCAGAUAUUGCUGAAGAAAUCCCUGACGUACAAGCCAAAGUUGAACCAGAGGUCGUCUUUGACUCUGAUAAAGAAGUUCCAUCUGAACCUAAAGCUGAAACAGAAGUUGCUCCACCUGCAGAGGAGGAGCUGGUCGACACUGCUCCCACAAUCGCAGAUGCAGGAGAACCCUCACCGGAGACUGAAGUAGCGGCAGCACCUGAGGAACCUGCCCCUGCCCCUGCCCCUGCUGCAGCACCUGAACCAGAACCAUUCGACAACACUUCCUACAAGAAUCUGCAGCACCACAGUUACAACAUUUACACCUUCGUAGACAUGGAUGUGGAGAUGGCCAAGCACCGUCUACCCCAACCUUCCUCUGGAAGACCCUCACCCAGGCACUGAUCCCUCCCCCAGCAGCAGCCCAACCUCAUUCCUCACUAUACCCCAGUCCUCAAAGCCAUCCAGGCUUUGCUGCAGUCCUGUUUGUCUUUUGGUUGAUUGACUACACUGCAGCUUCCAGUGUGUUGGAAUGCUUGUAAUUCUAUUAAAGUGGUUCAUUUAA